GCUCAGGCAACUUUCAAUUGCAAGACGCAAAUCGAAAACCCAAGACAGCAAACUUGAAAAAUGAAAAUCUUCUCGCUUGGUGGUGUCCUUACUCUGUCGGCUGUGGCCAGCGUGGCUUUGGGUGCUCCCCAAUUCGAAUCCCGACUGCGCCGCGAUGUCUCGGAACUGGUGGAUCCCGCUGCCGUGGAGUACCUGCCUCCAUCGAUCACCGAGGCUGCAAUGCUGAGUGCUGAGCCUGUGGAGGCCGAACCGGCUGCCCUGGAAGCCGAUCCCGAGGGCACUGUCCUGGGCGACGAGGGCUACGAGUACCGCACUGUGCGCCGCUUGAAGCUGCGCCAUCGCAACCGCCGGGAUGUCUCCCAUUUGCAGCCAGCCAGGCAGUAUCUGCCCCCCAGCAAGUCCUACUUGCCGCCAGCCCCGGAGGCCCCUGCUGCUCCUGCUGCUCCCGAAGCUCCUCCGGCCGAUGACACUGAGGAGGUGGUGUCCGCCGCCGAGCCCAAGGUGAACCGGGAAUACCUGCCGCCCACUGAGGCCGCUCCGCCGGCCGAGGAAACCACCGAGGCCGAGGUGGCCGCUCCCGAGGAGCCAGCCGAUGUCCGUGUGGUGGAUGUGCCCACCGUGUCCGGGCAGCUGCUCCAGGAUGGCUACCACUACCAGCAGCCGGCCGAGAUGCCCGCCGAGCUGCGGGAAGCCUCUCCGGAGUACCUGCCUCCGGUUGGCGGCGAGGAGGUCAUCGUGGAGGGUCCGGCUGGAGGCGAGAGUGCCGUGCUGACCAACGACGGCUACCAGUACCGCGCCAUCAGGCGUUACAGAUUUUAAACUUUUCAAUUUGCCAGCGAUUUGCUAACGUUUAUUGACCUUUCAUUUGUUGUUGAUGUUUUUUAAUUGCUCUAAAUAAAUUUAAUUUUUGAACAGUACAUACAAA